GGGACCAGGGCUGUAUACUAGAGCUGGAAACUCAUCACAGAAGAGCUCCUGCAUUCCAUAAAUGCUAGCCUAGCAUCUUUAUGGUCUUUUCCUUUAAAAAACUCCUGGGUGUGCAGAAUCAGAAAUGUGGAUGUGUGGAUGAUUGCAGCAAUCCACCAGUGACCUUUGGGAUUAUUUCCAACAGAGAAGCCUAGCUACCAGGGGACUGGGAGUGCCUGACUAAUGACUGUGGUGGUUGGUGAUUGCAGUGUCGGCAGAGAGUGACGGCUAAAGGGAAGGUAACUCAUUAACACCACAGAGCGACUGUCGUGACGCCACCUCGGCCUGCCUGGAUGACUGCAUGUCAUGUGAGUCUGCAGCAGAAAGACAGACCCAGAGACAGACCCAGAGACCGACAGACCGGCUAGGAGGCUAGCCCGGCUGGAGCUGUGUGUGUCCAACCGCAACACACAGUGUCACAUACGGACACAUACACACGCACUGUCAUAUACACGACACACUGUCACGUAAUACACUGUCACACACACACGACACAGGAGUACCGUGCGUCUACCAGACCAGGAGACAGGAGAGGACAAUCGGAGCACUGAGUGAACUGUGCCCCAGCUGCAUGCGUCCUAGCACAUGCAGGAAAUCAGCGGCUGCAGCGACCGGAGUCAUUGUGGUCCCAACCCAACCACCUAACCCAGCCUGGAGCCACCUAACCCAGCCUGGAGCCACCUAACCCAGCCUGGAGCCACCUAACCCAGCCUGGAGCCACCUAACCCAGCCUGGAGCCACCUAACCCAGCCAGGCAACAGCCAUGGACGCUCUGGAGCAGGAAUACAAGUCACCGUUUGACUUUGAGCAGGGAGUGAAUAGCAGCUACCUCUAUCUGUCCCCCAGCGUCAUUGUAACACCACCGGGCUCACCGCACGUGACUGUCACAGCCAGAGGUGCUGUGAGACCAGACUCUAUCACAGAGGUAGGGGAGGAUGCAGUGAUGUCGGUGACCGUGUCCCCUUCCGUCCCCACCCUGACAGAGGAGGAACAGGAGGAGCUACGAGAUGAACUGCUCAAGUUGGAGGAUGAGGUCGUGACUCUGUCUCAGGUGCUGGCAGCUAAGGAGAAGCAGGUGGCAGACAUCAAGAGGAAGCUGGGCAUCACUCCUCUCAACGAGCUCAAACAGAACAUCAGCAAGAGCUGGCAGGAGGUCACCACCUCUACUGCCUACAAGAAGACGUCAGAGGGCCUGUCCGUAGCUGGUCAGAAGGCCACGGCAGCCUUCACCAGCAUGGGCUCGGCCAUCAGCAGGAAGUUUGAGGACGUCAGGAACACACCCACCUUUAAGUCGUUUGAGGAGAAAGUCGAGACUUUAAAGGUCAAGAUGAGCCCGACGGCAUCUCAGGGUGACUUUGGCGAUGUGUUGACCUCUACAGCGACGUCUGACCCUUCUGUUCCCGUAGAGAAACGUCCAGAGGCCACACCCAUCGCCACCCAGGAAGAACAGCCCCACUGAGACCAGCCUGACCUUUCACCUCUGACCCCUAGCCAGGGUCACAUUAACUAGAACCAUACCCUCUUUCUCCUUCUGUCUCCCCUCUUUCUGUUCUCUCACCUCCUCCCUUCUUCAGCUCCCUCUUUACAACCCUAUAGCACAAAACAGAACCAACAACCAAAAAAGAAAAAUAAGUUUCCCCAGGAACUUUUAAAUUAAAAAAUAUAUAUAUUAUGAAAAUAUUGUGACACCGUAACACUUGUAGGUUUGUACGACUGUAUGUUUCUAUUCUAAUGUCCAUGGUUGAGGAACCUGCACAAGUAGAAUAAUAUACAUUACACUUAAUGAGAAACUGUAUGUCACAGCAAGUGAAGUUGUGAUGGCACAAAACCAAUUGGUUCACACAGGCCCAUAUCUUUCCAUAACUUUGUGGACUAACAGGCAUUUGUUUUUUCUUUUCUUUUGAUGUACUCCAAUCACUGUAAUACUCUAGGAUGUCAUUUCUAUUCCAACACUGAAGAGGCUUUCUCUGUCAUUUAUUACUCUCACCAAUAGCACCAGUAAUGUGGUGUAGAGCACAUCUGAGUAGAGUUAAUACCAGAUCUGUGUAGCUCACACACUCCUCUCACAGCUUAACCAAAUGGGGGUGGUCUAAAUCUGACCUCUGAGCAGUUCAUAGUGCUUAACUCUGAUAUCAGAGAGGGUGGGCCAAUGCAUCCAGAUCAGUGUGUAAUGAUAGUCGCAGAUGCAUGAUUGGUUAUAAUGGUGUCGGCUGGCCUUGACCCUCAGGUCAGUGCAAUUUACAUCACUCAAAGCCUCACAGCAUGGUGGGCCAAAGUCCGUAUUAGGGCACUUGUCUCACUGGCUUCUCUCUGCUUGGUAUGCUGAAACAGCAGGAUAGUCACUGGAUCCUGUGUACUUCUCUCUGCUUGGUAUGCUGAAACAGCAGGAUAGUCACUGGAUCCUGUGUACUUCUCUCUGCUUGGUAUGCUGAAACAGCAGGAUAGUCACUGGAUCCUGUGUACUUCUCUCUGCUUGGUAUGCUGAAACAGCAGGAUAGUCACUGGAUCCUGUGUACUUCUCUCUGCUUGGUAUGCUGAAACAGCAGGAUAGUCACUGGAUCCUGUGUACUUCUCUACUGUUGAAUGAUAUAUGGAUGGUAGUUGUUUUUGUUACAAAGUGAUUUUCAUUGUUUACCUUUUCAUAAAGAUGUACAAUUUUCCUUAAAUUGGAAAUAUACUAUUCUUGACCUAGACUAAUAACUAGAUUUCCUCCCGUGUUGGUAUUUUAAUUUCUCUACAGUGUAUGUGGUAUGGUAAUCCAUUUUUAACAGUUGACUUUCUAUGAGGGAAUGUUUUUCUCUUCUGAACAUCUUGAGGUAUGAAAGAGUGCGAUGCAGAAUCCUGCUAAAUGUUUACUCUUGACCACACUAGGAUGAUACAUACAGUGCCUAAAGAAAGUCUACACAUCCUUGAACGUUUUUCAACAGAAGUCUUUCUAAGAGGUUAAGUGUUCCUGAGUGGUCUAGUCUGUCCAGAGUUAAAUCUGCUUCAAAAAAUCAGAGGCAAGGUUUAAAUAUCGCUGUCCACCAGUGAUCCCCAACCAUAUUUACUGAGCCUGAGCAAUGUUGACAAAAACGAUGGAUAUAUGUUGCCCUAAAAGUUGUGCCAACUUGGUAGAACCUUAAUGGAAAUGAGUCACAGAUGUAAUUGCUGCCAAAGGUGCAUCCACCAAGUAUUAACUCAGGAUAGAGAGACUUAUCCAAUUAUGAUAUCUGUUAUUUGUCUUUUUUUUUGUAAAAUGUUCUAUAACUUUCUUUCACGUUGAAAAUGUGGAGUAGGUUGUGUAGAUCUGUAGGAAAAACAUUUCAUGGGGAGUGUUGACCUUCUAUAGGCACUGUAUGUACAUUUUAGGACACUAGUGAAUAUUUGGUUUAAAUGCCCAAUGCAAGUCCUCCCCUACUGGAAGACGACUGGCCAUAUCAUGGCAUGGAUUCAUUGUGGAAAUAAACUUCUGUAAGAAAAGUCCUGGUUCCACCAUUUAAGAACACAUUAUGGCUAAUAAAAUGUCUUCCAGAGAGAAGUUACUGUAGAUCCUUUGUCCCCAUUUAGCCCAACUGCUAGGGCAGUAGGCUGUUGACUUUUCUGUUUAGUCAUGACCUAUUUCACAGAAAGGUGGUUUCCCACCUCUUCAUUGUGGGCAGAAAUAGUUUGUCAGGA